AUGGGUCUCGACUCCCUGGGGCCAGAGGGGCGGGACCCAAUAGGGGAAUCAACCCUUCCUGAUUACAUGGAAGUUGUCCAAAUUUGGCCUAAAGCAUUCUUGGGUAAAGAGGAAUCAAUUUUGUAUGAACGGUGGAUCUCGGCUAUGUAUCACCGGACGGGAGUGAUUGAGACCCAUAAUGACAGUCAGUCAGUCUCCUUACGUCCCCGAAAGUUAUCUCCCCUUACCACAAGAAGUGUUGUUAAACUGCCUUCUAAAACACGAGAAGCAGACGCAAAUGUUUUGAGGACUGAAGAACUACGACGGAAAGGAAAAAUGGCGCGACUGUCUGAUCACCGACGAGAAUCGGCGGCAGCCAAAAGAGAGGAAAGACAAGCAGAAAUACGGAAGCGACUGGAAGCAAAGAUGACGAAAAAUCUGUCACAUGAGAACGAUAAGGUGAAGGUAGAUGAAAAACUGGAAAGGGCACGGAUCUACAGAGAAUUGAAGGCUGAAGAAAGACGGGAGAAAAUCUGUAAGAAAUUGGCAAGAUUUCUAAUUACAGAGAAACCAAACAGGAUAUCAACAGAAGAGAAAUUAGAGCGUGCUCGAAAGAACAGAAAACGACUAGAAGGAAAGAGGGAGAAAUGGGAAAAGAAAGAGAGAAAGAUUGAAGCAAUUAAAAGAAGCAGAAGCGUCAGCACACCUUUACCAUCGUCAACUAAAUUAGAAAUUUAG